CACGCCUUCACUGCGAAAAAUUGCGUAGUUUGGAACGAAAAAUGGGAUGAGGAAAAAGUACGGUCCUUCUGUUGCGAGGUGAUUGGCACUCCGUAUGUGUAGUGCGCACCUGCCACGCGGACCGACUCGAGAGCCUCGAAUAAAGGCACGUGUGCACAAUGGGUGGGCAUGCCAUCCAGUAGUAUCCAGGGAAAUCCUUUAAUCAUUAGUAAACACCUGGACCCAUGCGAUCGCAGGUCCUUAUAUCUGAUAAUGUGACUCUGACUCAUCGAUAGUGGACAUCAUGCGGCCGUCGGGACGGCGGGAGCGGGUCGCCGGGAGCGCUGAGGAGGAUGGCAGCACGUCGUGAACCCCGCGCCGAGGAACCAAGAUGUUCAACACGCGCCACGGGGUGUUCAAGGCGCGCCGCCUGGCGGCCUACCAGUACGCGCCGUCGCGCGCCCACCUCCGCAACAACAAGGAGCGUGCCAACCUGUCCUUCCUGCUGGUGCUCAUGUUCUUCGGCGUGUUCGGCGUCAUCGUGCUCACCGAGAUCUUCAUGGUGGACGAGCGCGGCCGCGGCCAGGGCGGCCUGCCCGCCGGCCCCAUGGACCAGAGGCUGCCGCCCAGCGCCAACCUCACGGCCAAGGACGGCGACUGGCAGACCGUCGGCGGCACCAGGUUCAAGUUCCUGGUGUUCUCGGCGUACUUCGACCGGCGCGACGGCAACCGGAUGAUCCGGGUGGUGGGCGCCACCAAGACGCGCAUGCCGGAGAGGGUGUUCUGCCGCUUCUGGUAUCCGGCCGACCAGCAGCGCGGCCUGAGCGAGCAGCACCUGACGGUACCGGCCAAGGUGAAGGUGAUCCGUGAGAACUGGAACCUCAAGUACUCGGCGUGCUUCGUGCUGUGCCUGCUCCGCCACAACCAGACCGUGCCCCAGGCCGUGUCCGUGGUGGCGCGCCUGCGCGUGCGGCCGCACAACAUGCUGGUGGUGCGGGAGCUGGACCGGCCCGCGGGCAUGCCGCCUCCGGACCCGCUCUCGCUGGCGGUCUGCGUCAAGCCGCUGCACUUCAGCUACAACAGGCCGGUUGAGAUGCUGGAGUUCCUGGAGCUGAACACGAUGCUCGGGGCGGACCACUUCACUUUCUACAACCACACCAUCGGGCCACAGGUGGCCUGCAUCCUGCAGGACUACGCGGCGCGCGGCCGCGUCACGCUGCUGCCCUGGAAGCUCAACAUGGCUUCGCAGCGCGAGAUCCGCACCGAGGGUCUGUUCGCCGCCCUCAACGACUGCAUGUACCGGAACAUGAACCGGCACUCGCUGGUGGCGCUGAUCGACCUGGACGAGUUCAUCGUGCCCAGGCACAACCUCACCCUGCCGGACCUCCUGCAGUGGCUGGGCAAGCGGCUCAACACGCGCAGCGCGGGCUCCUUCUCCUUCCAGAACGCCUUCUUCUACCUGCAGUGGACGGACGACCCGCUCGUCAACAGGCACGGCCUGGACAGCCGCCUGCUGACGGCCAGGAAGACGACGCGGCGCGUCAAGCUGCACCCGCACAAGCAACGCUCCAAGUACAUCUGCCGGCCCGAGUUCGUGGUGGAGGCGGGCAACCACUUCGUCUGGGAGUUCCUGCCCGGCCACGGCGCCAUCAACGUGCACCCCUCGGCGGCCAUCCUGCACCACUACCGCGUGUGCGAGUUCGGCGGCGACGACUGCGUCAAGUCGGCGCACGUGGUGGACCGCACGGCGCACCGCUACAAGGACCGCCUGGCGGCGCAGGUGUCCAAGCGCUGGGCGCUGCUCAAGGACGACUGCGGCCUCGGGGACCUGUUCAUCCCGCCGCUGGACCCGCCCGACGUGCUGGAGUUCGAAGACGAGACCCUGCCGCCCUCGCCGGCGUCGUCGCCGCAGCAGGUGGACGCCCUGAACGCCAACGUGCCGCCCGGGGCGCCCGCCACCGACGCGGAGCCGGCGCGGCAGCCCGAGGCCAAACUCAGCUAG